AUGGCUAUGAGAGAGCACAUUGCGGGAAAUUGUUCAAGCGACUUUGCGUUGGCUGGUAACUUUCCGUUAGGUAGUCCGGAGUCUCAGUCGUACGCUUCACUCGACAGAGUACAAAAGCUUUUGCAAAGCUCAACACCAAAUGCUACUCUCUACGUCGAGGCAUACUUCCGGGUGUACAAUCCCUGUUUACCGAUCCUAGACCCCUCUUCAUUCGUAUCGAAGAUGGAGAGUAGUCACGAUACCCAAGUAGAUCCUAGCUGGCUUGCGCAGUACUUCGUAGUACUGGGCCUCGGAUCCUAUGCUUUGGCUCGCGAUGAAGUGGCUUCUUCGGAAUACUUUUACGCCAGCGAGGCUUGUUUGGCGAGAACAUCAUACAUGUUUCGUCCGACCGUCAUGCACAUUUCUACUCUAUGUUUGAUGGUUUUGGCGAAGUCGGUAGCUUAUGCAACGUGCUGGGCUCUAGAUACCAGUUGGAACGUUAUGGGUCUCGUCGUCCGCUUGUCCAUGACCAUGGUACUACACAAAGACUGGAUGCCAGGGUACAUGGAGCCGGUGAUCGCCCACGAAAGAAAACUCCGGCGGCAUUUGUGGGUGGUGGUUGUAUACCUAGAUAUACAAAUGUCCUUAAUCACUGGCCAGCAAUCGCUCUUGCCGCAGGAUGCUCUUCUGAUCAGUACAGAACCAUGCGACCCAUCCAUGUUGGAAGAUUGCUUCGACUCCGUUGUACCUCAAUCGUUUCCAAUCGUCUGUCACUUUCUGGCUCGAAUCAACUCGCAGAUUGACCAGAUUACUUACGAAGAGGUAAUCCAAUACGACCUUGAGUUACGACAGCUGAUGCGCCAAACUUCAGAUUUGCCUGGCAACGAACACUUGCGUUUAACGCUCGAUGUUUUCUUUCGUCGCGCACUGUCGGUCCUUCACGGGCACUACGCACUAGCUCAUAACGCUGCUGUCAUAUAUCCUAUCUCAUAUUGGUCGUGUCUCGACUGCAACCUUGCAAUGAUGAGGCAUCACCAAAGUCUGUCGUCAUCAUCAUCAUCGGAGCGAGGCUCAGAUUUAGGAUUGGUCGCACAACCCUAUAUGUUGGACUUUUUUGCGGCUGCACUAACGGCUUGUGUACACCUACUCUCCAUGUCUCAACCAACUGACAGCCUGCUGCCGGAUCGCUCAACUAUAUCUCGCAGUUUGGAGAAUUGCGUGAAGCUCAUCGGAAGGGAAGAGAGCAAAUCACUAUGCUUUCGCACGGGAUACCAUCUGCUCAGUGCUGUGUUUGACCUGACGUGCAAACACAGUUCAAAUGGCCAGUCUACAGUUAUGUAG